UGACCAGACUCUGAGGAAAAGUCCAUCAGUCUUCGCUGAUGCGUUUGGUCAUUCAGAGGAGUCCCUAGAGGUAGGCCCUAACAUAUUAUACUUUGCUGAUUCAUGAUUCUUCCUUUUUAUAUAACUUGACAACUAUAGCUUUAGUUUUUCCUGGCAUUUGGGGUCCAAGGUCGUCCUCGAAAGCUCUGUUUACCAUUGCACAGUGGCUAUUUCUUUACUAUGUUUCCACAUUAAUCCAAUGAAGUUACAUGAAUCAUGCUCAAUUCAAGUUUGUUGUUAAACCUUUGUGCGGUCCACAUCUGCUUGCCGUAGGUUGCUUUGGAAACUCUCACUGGAUCUCUGUCAUUGAAAUUAAGUUGAUUAUUUAGUUUUCUUGGCUUAAUCUUUAUAAACCUCAUGUUAGUACUGUACUUUUUUCAAAGUAUUUCAAACUUCGUGAAACAUCGCAGUAUUGAUUGUUAAAGUGCACAAAAUGAUUGUUUUAUUUACUCAUUCAAAGAAAAAACGUUUUCACUUAAAUUGUAAUUGUCAAUGGUUUAUGGAUUACGAGCUGUAUUUAAGCAUAAAUCAUAUUCUUGAAGAAUAUACAAAUAUAGGUACAAGUAAGAACAAAGCAUUGCAGCUGUAUAAUGCGUGUUAAAGCUGUUUUUUCCUUUACAUGUCACUGAUAUUCCACAAUGCCUGUUGUGAAAUGUGUCAAAUUUCACUAAAUUAGUGUCCUUGUAAACAUGCAGUUUCAACUAUAGACAGCCAAUUUAUCAAACAGUAUGUGGUGAACCUGGUGUGCUUCAUGCAAAGUAUGGCAUAUAUUGAUAAUGUCUUCAGAAACAUUCAAUAGUGUGUCUUACAAGUUGGGCUUCAACCUGUUUCUAUACUGUAUACAGUAUUUGGCAUUAUGCUUCGAACAUAGUUAACUUUCAGACUGGACAGCAUUUGUACUGUCAGUGUAAUUAUUUUUGUCUUUAAUUUUCAACUUUCAAACAAUGGGGUGAUGAUGGCCUCAGAGCCAAAUGCUUUCACUGAAUACCUCAUCGUGUAAUUGGGUGAAUUUAGAAAUGACAGACUAUUGUUCAAAACUUGAGCAUAACAUGUACUCAUUAAUAUUUGUUGGACAUCACAAUUUAGAGACACAUUUGCAAUUUACUUUUUUUCAGUUGGAAAACAGCAGCAUCAUAGAAUACGCUCUUGCCUUGGUGAUCAAUGACGAGCAACUUGACGAUCAUUUAGAAAUGAAAAGUGUGGGUGACUGAAUUGCGCGGUUCUGUCACAAUAAUAUCUUAGUGAUAAAGUUACAGCAGUAUGCCAUCUAUUUGGGAGAUUGUCAUCAGCCGUCUGACCAGCAACAUGGACACUACAUUUUCAUAGUAUAAAGGUAUUGAGUGUCAAUAAUGGAUAUAGUUUUCUGUUUUGUUUAAUUUUUAAGGUGCUGAUUUUAACAAUUUUAAAUACAUGAUGUAUAUAUCUUUCAACUAGUUCAUUUUAACCCAGUAUAAUACUACAUAAGGAUUUUAAAUUGUAGCUUGUAUUUGAUUUUGGUAUAUUUGAUGGGCUUUACAAUUACAGUAUGUUUUAAUCAAACAUCUUUAUUACACAUUGAAAAGAAAAGCUUUUACAAUUUGUGAGCACUUUGAAACAAUAUUUCCCCUGCAUAAAUGUUAGGGAUAUCUGUCUGUGUUUCCCUUUCAGUAACCCGUUUUCAUUUCUUUGCCCCAGCUGCCUUUGAUGUUAAAUUGAGUCAUGCUGGUUUCUAAUCUGAAAAUAUUGCUCAAGAAAUGAUUGGUACUUACUGAAUACUGUGCUUUGUGUGUCAUUGUUAUCUAACAUUACUGUGUUUAGUUUUGGUUUAUGGUGCAAUAUGCUUCCUUUUUUAAUGCAGUUCAUCAGAAUCUCUCUGAACACAUUUAAUCUUUGAAUUAAAUUGUGAUGGGUUAUUCAAUCCAAUACAGCAAUUGGUACUGUAGAGUACAGUGUAUUUUGCAGUUUGCAUAUAUGAAGGGCGUAUUUGUUUGACUGACAGCUUAUGAAGUACACAAUGCAGAAAACAUAUUCAGUCGUAAAUAGAUAUCACAGGACCUAUUACAGAUAUGGCAAUCACAUACAACAGAUAAGGCAAUCACAACAGUCUCAUGUUCAUUUAUAGUUACACAAUCUAACAGUGUCUUUAUGAUAAACAGAACAUGACUGAAUAGCAUAAUGUUUUGCCUUGAUAGAGCCAGUGAAGUUGUCAACUUGUUUAAUUUAGCAGUGCUAUAACUGAUUGAAACUCUUGGUGUCACUGUCCACCAACAAAGGCCGAAAGUGUCCACAGCUUCAUGCAUUCGUUUCCACCAUUGCAAAGCGUUAUUGUGGUGUGGUGUGUCUGUCGGUUAAGGGCGACACAAAAAGGACUUUGUGAACGAUAUUCGGAUAGCUAAUCACAACGAGGAAUACAACCGUCAUUGAUCACUUUGAAAGAAUUGACCAGGGAAGGAUGGACGCCCGGUCGAUCAUGGGACAUACGGUGCACAGAGGAUUAUCUAUGAAUCGCUAUUUUGUUUUCCUUUUCAUCAGCUUUCGUUUCGCAUAUGGAGAUGUGAGCUACUCUAUUGCAGAGGAGAUGAAACGCGGGUCUCUGAUUGGAAAUAUAGCCAAAGACGUCGGCCUCGGGAUUGCCACACUUUCCUCGCGUAAAGCUCGCAUUGACACGGACAGGAAUGGGAAGCGGUAUUGUGAUAUUAAUCUGAGCACCGGGGAUUUGAUUACUACUGACCGGGUCGACAGGGAAGGUCUAUGUGGUAAGAAGGCGACGUGCGUUUUAAAAGAGGAGCUUGUUUUGGAAAACCCUUUAGAGCUUCAUCGUAUCAAUGUUCAUGUGCAAGAUAUAAACGACAACGCCCCACAGUUUAGUGAGGACUUGAUUUCAUUUGAAAUAGGAGAAUCAGCAGAUAAAGGAGCUAGAUUCUUACUCACUGAAGCCCAUGAUGCAGAUAUUGGUACAAAUACUGUACAACGCUACAAUUUACAAAAUAAUGCGCACUUCACUAUUGAUGCAGGGGGCAGUGGGCGAAAACACCCCGAAUUGGUUUUGGUAAAAAAAUUAGACCGAGAGCAAGAGAAAGAACUAAAAUUAGUGCUGACAGCACUAGAUGGUGGUUCUCCUCAAAGAUCAGGUACUGCAAUUAUUCACGUGACUGUACUAGAUGCCAAUGAUAACGCCCCAGUGUUUAGCCAGGCAGUUUAUGAAGCCAGUCUUCCUGAAAACGCACCUUCAGGUACACUAAUUAUUACAGUGAGCGCAUCUGACGCAGACACGGGACCCAAUGGUGAUAUUACGUACAUUUUUGAUCAUGUUUCUGAUGACCAUGUAUCGUUGUUCUCACUUGAUCAAAGGACAGGAGACAUAAGAGUAUUCGGCACUAUCGAUUAUGAGAUUGAGACCUCCAUUGAAUUGCGAAUAAGAGCAAAAGAUGGACCAGGUCUUGCCUCGUAUUGUACAGUGAUUAUAGAUAUAACAGAUGUCAAUGACAACCCCCCUGCUAUCACUUUGAAAUCGAUGACUAACCCCAUACCCGAGAACGUGUCACCUGGUACAGAGGUGGGC